AGCAGCUGCGGCUGCUAACAGAGGUGGCUGUUGGGAGAGAGACAGAGGGAGGCAACGCCGCCUGGUCCUGCCCUCGCAUUUUCCUGCUUAACUCAACCUGGAGUGUCGGCACCUAUUUCCUCCCUGCGUUCUCCUUGUACUCUACAGGGAAGCCAGUCCCUCCGGACUCUCUGGACGUCCAGGCUGGGUGGAAUAAGGGGUCUGGGUGGAACAGGGGCACUCUGCCCUCUACGGUGACUUUCUAAAAGGUACCACUAGUGUUUUUUGACAGUGCAGCGCCCUAGGGUGGGCGGCGGAGAGGAGACUUCUGUUACUAAACCGCUUAAUUCUUUUUAUUCUGGUGAGCGGAUUUGUUUCCCCGGCCUCCUCCCCCGCCUCAUCUCCCUCCCCUCCUUUAGCGAACUGACACAGGCAGCACCUGCUCGCUUGUGUUCCAUGUUGGAACACGCACCUUCUCGGCGGUGACUGUGUCAGCGUACUGGGGACAGGGGGACAGCGGCGGUUUCCCUUCCUCCCAGCCCACGAUGCCUAGAGGGGCAGCGGUUGGGCUGCGUGGGGCUCUGCCCGCAGCACUUCGAGGCGGGAUUGAGGGUCUGCAGCUGGCUAGGAGUUGCUGUUAAGUGGACUUGGCUCCAAGUCUCCGAGAGGGCGUCAGCUGGGACCUAUCUGCUAAAAGCGGGAACAGGGGAGCCUGACGGAGGAACUCCAGCGUCUCGCAGGCGGAAGACUGCCGAGCUCAGAGCCUCUCCUCCUUCCUACCCCGAACCUCCCCAGCAACUCUCGCACAACGGAGACCCGGGACCUACGAGAGCCAGGGAACUGGAGAAGUACGUAGCGGAGGCUGCUUUUCUGAAGGUGAACUGUUCCGUCCAAUUGCCUUUCCCCAGAGAGCAAAAAGGGAGGGCGGGGGAAAAGGAACCGAGGAUGCGUGAGCGUGUGUAUGUGUGAGAGGCAGAGACGACGUGUGGCAGGAGGAAAAGUCUUUACUCGGCGUUCAAAGCAAACAAACCAGAGAUGGAGUAAGAGCGGUAACUGCUGCAAGACCGCCUCGAUUCUCGCAUUGGGAGGAGCUGAGCGCACCGCGCGCAUCCGGCGAGGACCGCUGGCGACCGCGGGCGCUGGCGAGGGCUGCGGGACUUCGGCGUUUCCCCAGUAAACAAAUCUUUUGAUUACUUUGACUUGUGAAAAACGAGAGGAGGAAAGAAACGAGGCUCCCGCACGCCACCUUCCACCCACUUUAAGGGGAUUCCAGUUUGGAUGUCAAGAGAUUCCUGAACCCUCUUUGCUCUCGGAGGAAGAAACACACGCGCGCGCGCGCGCUCACAGAAGCACGCUCGGGGCCACACUCACACGCCCUCCACGAGCACACACCACCAGACUUCGGUUCCCUAUGCCCCAGAACGGUGACGGCGGAUUGGCAUCUUGGAAGCGAUGCAAGAGCGAUAAGGCUGGCGCGGGCCCGCGGAAGCUGCAGGAGCAUCGCUAGGUGUUGCCGCCACCAGGAAGCCGGGCUGCAGAAGAGCCUUAUUGCUUCAUGGAGAAAUGAUAAACAUGAACAGGAGAUGGGAUGAAGAGACACUCUAUAGUUUUGCUUUGGGAUGAGUAAGAGAUACUUACAGAAAGCAACAAAAGGAAAACUGCUAAUAAUAAUAUUUAUUGUAACCUUGUGGGGGAAAGUUGUGUCCAGUGCAAACCAUCAUAAAGCUCACCAUGUUAAAACGGGCACUUGCGAGGUGGUGGCACUCCACAGAUGCUGUAAUAAGAACAAGAUAGAAGAACGGUCACAAACGGUCAAGUGCUCUUGCUUCCCUGGGCAGGUGGCAGGUACCACACGAGCUGCUCCAUCUUGUGUGGACGCUUCAAUAGUGGAACAGAAAUGGUGGUGCCAUAUGCAACCAUGUCUUGAGGGAGAGGAAUGUAAAGUUCUUCCAGAUCGGAAAGGAUGGAGCUGUUCCUCUGGGAAUAAAGUGAAAACAACUAGGGUGACCCAUUAACAAAGGAUAAAUCAAGUGAUCCUCAAAGCUGAUUACAUUGAACAUCAGCAUAGAAACAUAACUCAUGAGGUGAUCUUGAAGGAAAAUUUUUAUACAGCUCACAAGAGGCACUCUGGAGUCUAUUAUUUCCAGGGGAUUUCAUGGCUUGUAAUCAGCUUCUUCUUGGAAUCAAGACUUUUUAAAAGUCCGACAUGAACUUCUCUAUCAUGAAGAUUUCAUCAGAUUUGAACUGUGUUCAACUUGUAUAAUUGCACUUGCAAAAAGGAUUUGAAGUUACUAUCUGAAGAGUUAGCGUUUCCGGAUGGUGUCAGAGACACUUACCUUUUGGGCUCUUGGCUCCAAAUGUGACUGCUUUUCUUGUUUCUGAAAGUCUCCCAAGUGCACUGGCCUUCUGUCAUGGACCUGUUCCUGAGUCCUGUGUUCAGUGGCUAGAACUGCACAUGGCUUCAGUGACUUUUCCUUUGCGAACUUCUCCUCUGGCAUGGUGUAGACUGAGACAAUUUAUUUGUAUCCUAAUCUUGGAGCUCUGAAAGCCUACAUGUUUUAACAUCUUAAAGUUGCUUUUGUUAAAGGAAUGGAAAUAUAUAUCCAUUGAUAAUAAUUAUUGUCGGCAAGUAAUAGUUAUCUGAAUACAUCAAUCAUAUAAGAAUGUAUAGACAAGCUGACAUGUUUCCCCAAGGCUAACACACUGCUGCAGCUCUCUGUCAGUUAAAUAGGUAGUAGUUAGAACUGAAUUACCAUUUUCAUUAUAUACUCCUGUUUGGUACCUCUAAAGUACUCUCCCUUUCAGUUUUUUGUUUUUUGUUUUUUUGUUUUUAAAGUGGGCUUUUUCUUUCAUUUUUAUCUUUACUUUUUCCCUUCACAGAAAUUAGCAGUGAGCAGUCAAGUAUUUAGGUAAACUUCAGUUUCAAAAAAUUGCCAGGGAUGCAUGUGGGUUUUGAUUUCUUAGCUUGAAAGUUAUUCACUUAGAUUUCUUCUAGUAUUUUUUUUAACUGUCCUUUCCAUCUCAUUUUAAAAAGGCUGUCUCUUGCUCUAUCCCAAUGACUGUUUGAAUGCCUAUCUGUUUAUUCAGUCUGUUGGUAGAAUAAAUUGUUCUUUUCCUUGGUCUCAAUUUUAUAAAUAUUUGCUUACCGUUGUCCCAUUCAAACAAUUUCUUUAGUCAGUCUUUGUCCACGUUUUCGUAGUACUUUUAACAUUUGUGGUUUUCAGUUCUACAGGAGAAUCUUAUAAAUAUUUCAAGGCCUUAAACAUGUAUGUACUUUUUUUUCUAAGUUACUCACAGAAUGUAUAAUCUUAUACUACAUCUGCUUUGUUUCAUUUGUGAUGCGGAGGAAGAGAAGAAUGGAAAUUGCAUAACCAUUCUGGAUAUUGUGUAAAUGUAUAGUUUGAAGGAAUGUAAAGGGGGAGGAGCUUCUGUGUUUUACUCAUCUUAGACUAAUAGGAAGACACUUCAGAAAUUGUCCUAUUAGAAGUUCCAUUAUGUUAGAGAAGGUGUGGACAUCUUUUGUUUUUUAAAACUCACUGACAUGGCCAAUUAGGUAUAUGUUGAUUUCCAUGAUGGAGGCUGACAUACAAACCAAAGCUCUCCAGGCUAAGUUGGUAACAACUUUCAAAGACCAAUACAUUACCCAGAAUCUUUUCUCGGCAGAAUGACUAAAAGCGUAAAAUUUGUUAAACAUUAAAUUUGUAAAGUAUGCUUUUGAUAUUGAACUAAAGUAAAGUAUACUGCCCCAUAAGUCCAUGGAAUGGAAUGACUUCCUCCUUCCAUUUUAAUUAUGCAUAUACAAAUAGAUGGCUCUGAGUGAAUUUUGCAAUGGUUCAAGACUGUCUGAACUGAUAAAGAAAGGAGUAACAGUUGUGCUGGAGUUUCUGCAUCAGUAAUAAUAUCAUUAAUUUCUUUGGAACAAAGUGGAAAACUAUAUUAUUUUGGAAAUUAUGAAUUUGUCCUAGGUUUGAAAUUAUAGAUCAUGCCUCUCAUUUUUUAAACUAUGUCCCUUAA